GCCGUCCUUCCUGCAGUGAGACAUAUGCAAAUAAAACUAUGGCAUGAGGAAGAGACUGUAUCAGGUACAUACAGCAUAUAUACAUCUAGAUCAACAUCUCAGUGUUCCUGGAGCGGUACAUCAGCGUUUUAACAAGACGAGCGAGCACAUGUUGAUGAUGAUGAUGGGCCUUCUCUCGUCUUCAGGUUUCACCGGGAACUCUUCUCAUGAUGAGACUCUUCAGUAUCUCAUCAUUCUGGGCUCUAAAGUCACGCUCAACACACUGGUGUUGUUGUUCUGGACGAGCGGUUUACACAGAUCGCUCCUGGGCAUCUUCAGCAUCUCUAUGUACGUGGCUGAUGUGAUGCUGGCCAGCAGUGUCUUCUACGUGUGGCACUUCAUAGAAUCCACCUCCUCAUCCAUGUGCUUCAUCCUGGCACACGCUUCCACCGUCUACGCCAUUCUGCCUCUGCCCAUCCUCGUCGCAGGGGCGCUGGACUACGCUACAUACCCUGUCCCGGUGGCGGGGCGCAGCCGUCAGCGCAGGACUGUUGUUUACUGCAUCACUGCUGCUCUUCUGUGGGCAUCAGCGUGCAUGUGCUCCUACCGCUACACUGACGCUCAUCCUAUAGAGAUCCACAAAGACGUGAAGAUCCUUGCGUGCCGUGUGCAUGGAGCUACUGUUGUGUCUCACUUCUGCGCAGAGCUGUCUGUCGUGGUGGGCGUCGUCCUUCUGCUCCAUCAGAAGAAUCUGAUUGGCUGGAUCAGAAGAGCACAUCAAAUGUGGGAUUGUGCGGUCCUUGAGAAAGGUCGACUCGCGUCUUAUGGUCCACUCGUGGAAGGUGGAGAUUCUCCGUCUCUGUUUGUGGGUCUAACUCUAGUUUUUGCCGUGACGUGGAUGCCGUAUCUCAUCAUUAGUGUGGCAUUUGAUCUGGUGGGUUUGGCUGUGCCAGCGUACGCCAGCAUCAAUCUCCUGUGGAUGGCCUGUGCUAACAGCGCUUUGGCUGGCACGGCCAUUUGGUGUCAGAGCGACAGGGCUGGACCUUUCUUAAACGUGCCAGAUGAUAUCUGUCUGUGGGAUGUUUACUGGCAUUUGAGCAAAAGCUUUGAGUCUGUGAGCACAGUUCAUCUGUCAGACGCAACACGCAUGAACAAAACUACACCUGCUGUUUACAACAUCUAACAGAACCGGUCCGGACUACAGUCUUCAGCUCUGUGACGAUCCCACAUCCCGUCAAUAUCAGUGUUGUGUAGACUGACAACACACCAGACAGUACACCCGCUCAGUCAAUACCAUCAUGUGAUUCAGGUGUGUUUGAUGUGGACUGGAGGUCUCAGGUUAACUACUAAACAAAUGUUUGAUUCAGGUUUCAUAAAUGGCUUGUUUUAUUAAACAUAAUGAGCAUCUGCAAUGAGAACGGUGCAGGCGUGACAUGACGCUGUCUGUCAUGUGCCUUCAGCUGCAGUGAACAUCCGUGUGCCGCGUGUUAAUGAAGAAGAGCAAGAGCGUCACAAAGAGAGAAUUCACAGGAAAAUAAAUGACGAGGUUUGGUUUGUACAUGUCCCUCGUUUUCUCUCACCCUCAGGUGUGUGUGUGUGUGUGUGUGUGUGUGUGCUCAUCAAAACAACAUGAAUUCAUGAAUAAAAAGCGUCUGCUUCUGCCAUGA